ACACAAGCCACGGGUGCAUUUUCCAGCGCAACACAAAAUAUUACGAAUACAGAGAAAUUUAACUUUCUCUAACCAGAUUUUAUCGAACAGUGUCGGCAAAUAACGGAACAAUGGGAUUCUAACGGGAUGUUCGAGAUUAACAUUUUACGGUCGUGCGCAGUCCUCACAUUUUGAAAUUGGAGGAUCGGAACUUUUUGUGCGAGCGUUUAGUUUGCUGUUCUCCCAGCAACUGAUUCAAACCUGCUCGGUUGGACUGAAUUUUGAGAUGAACAAAAAGUGACAUAGCGACUCUCAUCUCUUCUGCACUCCUAACAGAUUUAUACAACGCCAUGAAAGACGAUUUUGCAGACGAGGAGGAAGUACAGUCUUUUGGAUACAAGCGGUUCGGUAUCCAGGAGGGUACCCAGUGUACUAAGUGUAAGAAUGAGUGGGGAACCUCCAUAGCACUGCUCUGGCUGUGCACUCUACUCACCAUCGCUGUUGCUGUCCUCGGGUAUAAAGUGGUGCAAAAGGUUGACAAUGUGUCCGAAGGUAUUGAGAGCUAUGGGGGGAAGAUCAUUGCUGUGGAAACAGACUUGAAAAAGCUAGAUGACCAGACUGGCGAGAAGUCGGAGAACACCACCACAGAAAUCCAGGCCUUUAAGAACAACAUCUGGGCUCUGCAGAGGCAGCUGUCCGAGGUGGCUGAAAGGAGCAGUAGUAACCGGGCAGCCCUGGGUCGUCUGCAGGAUGCUGGCCAGGACAUGCAAGGCAGCCAGGGUUCCAUCCAGGGUCUGCUGGACGCCAACACAGCCAUGCUGAGGUCCGUCAACGGCACCUUGCGGGCCUACGGCGGCACCAUGGAGGGUCUUCAGGACGACACGGCUCGGCUGCAGACGGAGCUUCAGGAGCAGGUUCGGCAGCAGAGCCAGGCCAAGUUCAGCAUCGGGAAUCUCAACCUCACCCAGGCCCAACAAAGGGGCCUGAUCUUGGCUUUGCAGAGGUCAGUGGACGACACCAGCCAGGCCAUCCAGAAGAUCCGCAAUGACUUCCAGAGCAUAGAGCAGACGGCCAGGCAGACUAAGUCGGACGCUGAUUGGCUGCGGGAGAAGGUGCAGAACCUCCAGGUGCUGGCCUCCAACGCCUCUGUCCUGGCCAAGGCCAACAACGACAUUCUGGAGGACGUGGGUUCUCAGCUGGCCUCGCUGUCCGGACAGCUGCAGAACACCUCCAGCCUGGCGGAGAACCACGACCAGACCCUCAGGGAGAUCAUGGACCAGCAGAGGGACCAUGACAACCUCACCUCCUCCAAGUUCGACCAGCUGGAGAUACGCCUGGACGAGUCGGAGGGGAGCAUCGACCGCGUGACGGGCAACAUCAGCUUUACAACCCAACUCCUGGGCGCCAUCAAUCUCAACCUCAACGAGCUGCGCACCUGCGCUGAAACAGUGGGACGCCACUCCGACUACCUGGCUGACCUGAACUCCACGGUUUUGGACGUGAGGUCGGACACCACCACACUAAGGUUGCAGCAGGACGACCUGGCGGCCCGCCUCGACAAGGAGGUCACCAGCCUCUCCAUAGUCAUGGAGGAGAUGAAACUGGUGGACAGCAAGCACUCACAGCUAAUCACCAACUUCACCAUUCUCCAGGGUCCACCUGGUCCCAGAGGCCCGCGGGGAGACAAAGGACCCCAGGGAGCGGCCGGUCAGGCCGGUCAGAAGGGGGAGAAAGGGGAUAAAGGUGGGCCUGGGGUGCAGGGGCUCCGUGGAGAGAAGGGAUCUCCAGGACCACUGGGACUAACAGGUUCCAGAGGUCAACAAGGCUCACGGGGCAACCCAGGUUCAAAGGGCUCCCGAGGGUCAGGCGGCAGGGCAGGACCUCCGGGGGCGAAGGGUGAGCCAGGAACGGCUGGGCUCCUUGGGAGAGACGGACAGCCCGGUCCUCAGGGGCCCCAGGGCCCGCCGGGAGACCUAGGACAGGUGGGACCAGCUGGGGUACAGGGACCCAGGGGAGCGGUGGGGCCUGUGGGGGCCCCAGGGCCACCUGGACUACCAGGACAUCCUGCCCGACCUGCAGCAGUAGCAGCAGUGCCUUUGGCCUAUGUCUCUCUGAAGAGUGACUUCCCCGCCCCUACAGUGUUGGCCCCAGGUUGUCCUCAUGAGUGGGUUGGCUUCAGAGACAAAUGCUACCACUUCUCCAGGGAGCUGCACAACUUUGACGAUGCAAAGAAAAGCUGUGAUGCCCAGACUGCGUCAAUGGUGAUCAUUAACGACAUAGCUGAACAGAAAUGGCUGCAGAAGCAGACCUCUGGAAAGGGCUACUUCUGGAUGGGUCUGACAGAUAGGGAGAAGGAGAAUGUUUGGCACUGGCUGGAUGGAACYGAACCUGCCUUCACGAAGUGGAAGCCGGGCCAGCCAGACAACUGGAGCCACGGGCAUGAGAGAGGAGAGGACUGCGCAGGCCUCAUCCACGAAGGACUGUGGAAUGAUUUCUUCUGUGAAGAUCUCAUCAGCUACAUCUGCGAGAAAGCCAUGGAGAGCUCAAAAACUCCAGGGUUAUAGCACCCUCUGGGGAAGAAGAAAAAGAAGCACGGUUGAGUCAGAGGCGGUGUGGUGAGCAGCAUUAUGUUCCACCCACAAGUGUAACUAGCCCUCUGACACACGUU